UAUUUUGUGAGUGAAUGUGAACAAAAUGUUUCCCCUAGAUAGUAGUAGAUUUAAUUUCUAACAUUAGCAUUGAGAUUUUGUCGAUGUGAUCUUGGUUUGUGGAGUGCUGUUUCGAAGGUAAUGUCUGGUUCUUAUGGCCCAAUUAAAUAAAUGUUGUUUGUCAUGGUAAAUUUUGCUGAAAAUCAAAAUGAGCUUGUUUGGAUGUGAAGUCAAGAAAUGGAAGACUGAAUGUUCAGUUUAUAUAGAGAGGCUUGACUUUAAAUGUUUACACUCCAGAUGAUUUGAUUUAAGUGUCAAAAUCUAGUUUACAAGGAGUCUAUUUUUGUGUCUGGGCCAUUAAAAAGCCACAUAGUGUUACAUAGAUGAAAAAAACUGUUGCUUCAAUGGAUAAGCACAGCUGUGCAUGUUGACAUUGUUACAUCAUUUUUCAAAAAUUGUAUUUUUCUUCUGUGUUGGCAAGAAGCUAUUCAAAUGUUUUGAUGGCAGCUCACUCAACUGAACAGAGAACAGAACAAAAAUGAUAGGGAUGAAGAUACUGUGGAAUCGCAAAAUUAAAUAAUUAUCAAAUGUUUACGUACCUAAACUCAUUUAGUUCUUGACUUUUUCAGGGUUCAUUACUAGACCAUGACAUUGUUUACCACUAAACUUCUCAUCUAAAUAUUAUUUUUAGGCGGUCUAGUAUAUUAUAUGCAAGAAAUUUUGGAAUGCUGUAUGGCAGCUGAUAAGGGACAAUGCCAAAAUAUUUCUCAAAUCCAAACAGAAUAUUUCAAAUCUGAAAAACUCUAACUUACAAAUCAUAAUAAAAGUAUUGACUUCACCAAUAACUUUUUACUUCAAAGUAGGUUAUUAAUUACAUUUGCAGAGAAUCUUUGUCAAAAUUAUCCGGGAAAAACAUUUGCAAAUUGCCCCCAAACAUUUUAGAAUGGUCUGCCACAGAUGUGGAAGAGAAUUUGGGAUAUUGGAAUUGGAAUUUCUGGAAUACAGUCAAACCUGUAUAUAACGGCCACUGAACAACUUCCCAAAAAUCGUCCCUUAUAUUUACUGUUAAGUUGACCUGCAUAUAGCGGUCACCUGUGUAUAAUGAAUGUGGUCACCCUUUAAACUUCCUGAAUCCACAAUUUUAUUUCUUUUACCUGUAUAUAACGGUCACGAAACUGGGUUACGAUUAACAUAUAAUGACAAAUUUUAUUCAUCAGCUCGUUAAAUAGCAGCCACCAAGGCAGGGGUCGCACAAAAAUACAAAUAUUAGUACCAAACACAACUACUUAUGGUAUACAUGUCAUCGCCCACGUCCAACACCUGCUUGCGGCAGGUAACAUUAAAGUGCCGUCACUUUCAAACAAUAGUUAAUGUAACUGUAACAACACAACAUUGGACUAAGACAGCGCUCGGCAUUGGCUCGGCUAAAAGACUAUGGACAUGAAGAACUUGCUUUCACACUGAGUAAAGUCAAAGACAUACUACAUGAAAUCAAGCUUCGAGCUCCAAAAUAUCCGAAAACUAUAACCGCUUUCUUUUCUUCUUGAAAUCCAUAUCGUUACUUAAAAGUUUUUCCUACGAGGAAACUUAGAUCAAAGUAUACACAGACAUUUUAUGGACAUUUUUGUCAUAUUUAUUGUGUUUCUGUUCACAAUUGCUGUCAAUAAAUGUAAAUUGAGUGAUUUUCCACUUAGAAACAUUGUUCAUUUGCUUCCAGUAGACUUUUACUGCACCUCCCUAAAAGUACACCAUGGAUAUUUUAUGGGCCUUUUUUAUGGUGUUUAUUGCAAUGCUGUUACUCGUUAUUGUCAACAAAAUGUAAAUUGAGUGAUUAUUUGCACAUAAAAGUGCUAGUUAUUGACCUCCAGGGGAGUUUAAAGGAAACCUGUGUACAGCAGUCAUUGUGUAUAUAACGGUCACCUAGCAAUUUCUCCAGGGUUACCCGUUAUAUACAGUGUACAGGUUUGACUGUACAUACUACUGAAUUGUCCUUGAAAAGUGUACUUGAAUUAAAAAAAAGAAAAAAAAAAAAAGAGGCCUGAGGUCUAUGAACCGUGACACAUAUAAUUUUGUAAUUCCAUGGUUUUGUAAAUGGCAUAUCUAAAUGUACAUGUACUGAAUGGAAUGUUAUUUGGUUGCGGAUACCAUACUUGUCUGUGACUAAAGUAAUGGAAUUACAUGUACUAAAGGCAUCUGCGGUCGAGUGUCAAUUGAUAUCGUUAUACCAUAUCGAUACCUGUUCAACAUUCAACCGACAUCUCCAUUGAUACUCGGUAACAGUCGAUCAACGUUUAUGUUGAAUUGGGCAACAGUUGACUGAUUUUCACAGACGCCAUCAAUUGCCAAUCAAUAUAUAUGAGUCAGUUGACAUUCAAUGACUGCUAACUAUCUACCAACUGACGAUGGAGUGUAGAUCGAGAUAUCGAUUGCAUGUCAACUUAGUUUCGACCAAGUAUUGAUCAAGUUGUUGAUUGACAUGUCAAUGGAGUGUCGAUGGAGGCAAUCGAUGAACAUUCGACGUACUGCAGAUGCUUUUAGUAUACAUUCCAAUUAAUGAACAAAUUUGGGUGAUCAGUCCUUACUCUUUCCUACAUGUUAAACAAUCCUCUUAAGGAUUACGUAUUUAAAAUAGAUCAAGCUUGAUUUGUGGGUGCAAAAGGUAUACAAUCAUGUGUUUCUUAACUGUUAAAACACUCAAACACGUUUCGCGUAGAGCUUUGCCCUCGUAGGAAUGGGCAAGCAUUUUACAACAGUGAAAAGAACCCAGAGAGACAGCACUACCAUAAUGGAAGUGAACAUUCACUGGACACAGCUUGGGAGGCUAACAAAAGCCAGCCUUCAGUUCCUGAAAGAAAACUUUCCAUUCAGUCCACUCAGCAAGUUAAUUCAGAUGAAGAUGAUCGUCGAUCUGGAACUCCAGACCAAGAAAUUCUUAUGUAUCAUGUUAGUAAGGGCGUGCAUUCACCUCAUUCACCCCACUCUCAGUUUCACCCACCUUACUCCCAUUAUCCCUACAUGACCCCAGUGUAUCACCACCCAUCCCCUGUAAUGUGCCACUGCCCAUCAUGUACUGGACACAGACCUCCUGUCCACUCCCCCCACGGUAGUGCACCUGGUGGCUUUGUUCAUCAUCAGAUGGGAACUCAUACAAGCUGGGCUCACGGACAACCUACCGCAUUCCAAGUCAGACCAAGACUUCAGAGACCCAUGUCAGUGCCUGGCGAAAAACUUGAAAUGAUAAUGAAGGGAAGCCCACUGUAUGGCCAGCCGCCAUGGUGGGGGUGGGGGUCAUCGGACGAGGAAAUUUACAAUUAUCCCAACACUGCAACCAUUCUGGAGGGGGGUGACACCCAGGCGGGACAGCAGGCUCUGUCUCUGAAGAAAAAGAAACUUAACAAGAAAGACGCGCUGGAAAUGGCGCAGAGACGACACAGCAUAGGAACUGUAUCAGUGCUGUCGGAAUCCAAGGCGAGAAUCGUCACGACAAGGACCUCUAACACAACGUACGACCCGGAGCAAGAGAGAGCCAUGAAACAACGAGAGGAGUUUGUCAUGUUUCAGAAGAAGUCUUCACUACCGAGUCCAGGUUAUAGUGAGCAGUUAUCUCCUGUGUUUGAAAACUCAACUAGCAGAGAUUGGGAAAUACCGACUUCACACAACGAACAAGCUGAGCGUGAGUCUAGCUCGUCCACGGAGAAUUCUCCUGACGACGCGAGUGAGGGGCACUCAAGACUCGGGUCUUCGUACGAGAUUCCAUUUAUACCAGACUAUGAUGAAGUGCCAGAACGACCUGUUAGUCUGAAAAGCGACAAAGGGAAGACAACGCCACACGAUGCUGCGCGGAAAAGUUCCGCAGAGAAGCAAGAUCGGGUUAUAAGGAAAAAGCCCAGCAAUAAAAUUAAAAAGAGAAUUGCUGCUUCAGACGCCACAGGACGGAGUGGAAAACCAGCGUCAGCCUCUAGAAAGCAUUCAAGUGACACCAGUGAGUCAGAGUGUGAACCGUCCUCUCACCCGUCAAGGCGAUCGGGUGUGGUCGCGGUGGGUACCCCUUCCUCCAGCGGCGUGUUUGGUCUGACAGAGGUUCGUCUGGCUGAUGAGCACAGGCGAGAGACGCUUUCGCCAGCGCCUCUACCAUGCUGGGUACAACAAUGGGCGAACUCCAUUAACAAUCGAGGCAGCUCUGCCGUUCAACCGAUCGAAGUGCUUGGUUCCUCCAGUGCAGCUGAAGAUUCUACAGCGAGCAGCGCGAUGUCUUUGUCAAGUCACAUUCCGGUACCUGUAGAACAAGAAAAUUCAGAGAACAUACCCAAGCCUGUCAAGAGCAUUUCAUCGCCGAGUCUCAGCAGACCGAGAUCAGCAUCAUCGCGAACAAACACGUCAGCUGUGAUGCGAAGCCAGAGCUUAUCUUCCGCCAAUCUGGCUUCGUCUCCGAAGACUUCCGCUUCCCUCAGAGUGGUCCGAAGCAAGACCAUGUCUGCUCCUGUACGGCGCUCCUACCCUGCUGCUGCUACUGCCAGCGAGUCAGACAAGAAACCAAGCGACAGCCCACGGAGGCGGGGCCCAGUUAGCAGCACUUCGGACGAUAGUGAUAUGGAUUCCAGUGAUGUCUCGCAAAGCAGACAGGUCAAAGAUUACCGGAGAAAGAACGAUGAAUCUGACAAGAAAGGGGUUCAGCUUAUCCCUGAAAAGGAGGGGAAGCGACCGUUCUCGACCCCUCGUCCCAACAAAACUGCUAUGUUGAGGGCGCAUAAUAGCAGGGAAGCUGUUAAGAAUAGCGGCGUUAAGAACAAAUCUCCGACUUUAGCGAAAGUAAGGAUUCCAAAGAAUUCCCCGCUGACCAACUCUGGAAACGAUUCGUCGUCGCCUUCCGCCAGAGUAUGGAGUCCUAGCACGAAAAGGUCGACCAAGUCCUCCGCGGUUGAUGAUGACCGUGAGGUAGGAGAGAAUGGUGUCAAGUCUGAUGGUGAAGCGGUAUGCAGUUCACCAGCAGAUGACGUCACUCAGGAGGCGGUUAAUGAGAUCUUCACUUCGGGGCCAGUCUGUCCUCUGCCAGAGUCGCUUCAGAUGAAGCGAGAUGAUAGAGUAAAUAAGACAUUUGUUCUUGAUGAAGGGAAUGAGGAGGUACCAGUGUCAUCUCCCGAAGACAGCUCCGUGCAGCCCUUGGAAGGCAAGGUCUCCAGUAGCGAGAACGGACUUGAAUCCAAAGAAAUUCUCGAUAAGAACGCACUACCAACGUCGCCGUCAAGUAGAGAACCAAAGGAGAUAAAACUAGAAUCCACGAACACUCGAGGAAUCAGCUUGCGUAGCAAACUCAUUCCUUUUGCGCCCUUUCUCGAGACACAUUCGUAUACACCCCCCGUCUCUGAUCAGCCUUUUGAACCACCGAGCGACUCCGCCGACGAUAGUUCCGGGGGGUCGCGAUCCUCCACAGCGGAGGGUAGACCUAUGUCGCCCGAUUCAGUCGUGUCCGCGGCACCUGCUAACUCCCCCUCGCCUCCUUUAACUCCGAGUUCUGCAGCUAGGAGAAUGUUUGAUUUCAAGGGGGGAGCCGCCUCUCCACAAAGCCGGAGACAGUGGGGUGUGACAGACAAGCCUGUGGAAGAUCUGAUGCUUUCGUCGAUUCAUGCCUUCUCGGUGGAAUUACGGCUAGCUUCUGAAUCAGUGCUGGGGAAAGUCAAGAGUCUGUAUGACGGAAGUGAAGAGUUGAACGGCACAACAAGAUCAAGAACUGAGUCUGACAGUAAGCAGGAAUCCCAGAGUGCUAUACCGGAUUGGAAGAGCUCUCACGCGGAGAUAGCUGGGAUAUUCCGAAAUCUGCGUAAAGUCGAACUUCGUCUUCGUACCAUGGAGCAAGCCUUGUCUAUCAUGUGUGUAGCGGCGCAAAAGGAACCUAAACAGUCCUUCCAGGAGAGGAAAUUAUCAAUGGUGGAAACAUCAAGUUUGGUCUCAGGCCAGAAAUGGAAGGAGUUUAAAAUCAGAGCUCGUCGAAAUUCGUGGGCAGUGGAGCACAGAAACCAGUUUCCAGUCCCACCAGCGGAAUCAGACGAGGAAGACGAGGAUACUUCAUGAUUAGAUUAUACAACGAACAACAUGGAAGGCUUUCGCCGUGGAAUGAUGCGGAAAUUCGUGAGCUUCGUCUGUUGUUAUCAAUAUUAUAUAAUUUCCAAGUGGUGUGCCGUCGAAAUCUGAGCGAAAAGUGCGAUUUUUGUUGCUUUGAAAUUUGUAAUUCGCUCUUGAUUUCUAGCCAGAGGAAUAAUACAGAUUAUGUCACUGCAAGGUAAUGGUGGAUGGUCAGAAAACACCAACUCAUUGGAUAGAACUUUCGGUGCUAGAAGUAAAAUGAACCCAAGUGCUUUGUAAUUCUGCAUACGAGCCAAGUGGCCCAUCAGGCCAGCGCUUACACACCUGGGUGGAGAGGGACACUGUGAGAGUAA